AUGUACUCUCUUGCUCUUUGUCUCUUGUUCCUGCUCCUGCAUCCAGUUGAUGCCAUCUUCUGCUUCAACUGCACCAGCACAGAAGGUUAUAACUGCAGCACAGCUCAGCAGAAAUGUUCGUUUUUGGUCAACAGCUGUAUCACCAUUGCCAGGGAUGAGGACACAGGAACCCAGGACGUAGAAAACCCAGUUUAUGAGAAGAAGUGCAAUUCCGAUGAUCGAUUGUGCAACCAGUUUUAUGGCUUGGUGGCAGGGGAUUUCCGCAUGCGGUGGAAUUCCAGUUGUUGUCGUGCUGACCGCUGUAAUAUUGAGGAAAUAACCGUUCAAAAAGCAUCUCAGAAUCGGAAUGGAGUUCGUUGCAAUUCAUGCUUUGCCCAUGGCACGGAUUUCUGUCGUAACAAGACGGAGAUAGCCUGCACAGGUCUCAUGACACACUGCAUCCACUUUGUCACCCGUGCAAAGAAAGAAACAUUCAGUGACCAACAGGUUGCCUUCACAGGAUGUGCUACCAAGAACCUGUGCGACAUGGGAGCGGUGGCAUUGUUUGCUGCUGGCCGCAACGUGGAAGUCACAACCAAUAUGUGCAGUUUUGCACCAGGAAUUGUUUCACGACACAGCUUGGUCUGGUCUUUUCUAGUGGGGCUGCUCAUUCUUAAUAUUUGCUUCUGA